GUUGAGAAAGCUGACCAUUCCAGUGGCGAUAACAAAUCAACCGCUGAUAAGACAACUGAUUCGGAUAAGCCUGGUGAGAAAUCUGGCGAAAACUGGUUUGGAGGAUCGUCAAAAUCUGACGAAGCACCACAGACUUCGUCUGCUGCGUCUGCAUCGUUGCCAACCUUUUCAAUCACAUCUACUGCUUCUUCUCCCGAGAAAGGCAAGGAAGCACCGUCAAAGGGGCCAUCACCUUUUGUGUUCCCCAAGGCUACAGGUAAUGUCACUGCGCUCCCUCAAUCAUAUGGUUUGCUUCUUGCUCUGUGUGAAUCAAGCUUCUAACUUAAGAGUAUCUCCGUGUGCAGAGGACAAACCCGAAGGUCAAAAGACUACUACACCUGCCUUUUCGUUUGAUCAACCUGCAGAGGUUCCCAAACCUACUUUCUCAUUUGGUACACCGGUAUCAUCUGCUUCAAACCAACCAUCCGUUCCGACAUUUUCGUUUGACAAAUCGCAAGAGAAAAAAGCCUCCGAGACGCCAGCUUCUACUUCGACAGCACCGAAGUUCUCAUUUGCAGCACCUGCACCAGCACCUGCUUCAUCUACUUCGCCAGCAUUGGAUAAAGGACCAUCGCCUUUCAACUUCCCUGCAAAUGCAGCAUCUACAGACAAGCCAUCUGCUGAAAAGGCUUCUACUACUAGCUCUGCAGCAGCAACCACAGCAAGCAGUCCAUUUGGUGGAUUUUCUUUCAAGACCCCGGAAGCAUCCAAGCCAGCAACGACAUCUAGCGUUCCUGCUCCUUCGCCUGGAACUGCGUUUACUUUUACAUCAACCUCUGCAGAAGCCGAUAAGCCUGUAUCUACCACAACAUCAUCGUCAACAUUCUCAUUUGGCACCGAGGCACCUUUAGCUGCAUCGAAAGAAUCAUCCUCGACAACGUCAGAGUCAGGCAGGAAGCGCAAGAGUUCGGAUCAACCUAGUGCGACCGAAUCUAGCCGACAAAAGCUUCUCCAUGGCAAAUCCCCGUUAUCACAAAGCUGGUCUGCUGAGGAAGAUAAUGGUGAUGCUGCCAAAAAGGGAUUGUCGACAGCUGGCAGUGGAAGUACACUUGUCAGCGGUCUGAGCGGUGCCAUUCCUACGCGCAAGCGCAGUGUCGAUAACGCCGGCAUUACACAAACCACAAAUGCACCUGGAAAGAAGGCUUUAACUGAAAUCCAAAACAAAGAGAACCACACCACUGACAAGCAUGUUAGCUUCAAGGAUACACCGUCGUCAAAGUCAAGUGACAAGUCAAAGACAGCUAGCACGGAUAAACCCGAGACCAUCAGCCCGUUCAAACCGCUCCAGUCAAAGCCUAUUGAGAUACCCAGUUCAGAACAAGCGUCGUCUGCUACAAAGUCCCAAUCCACUCCCAAAGAUAUCUUCGGGCCGCCGGCACCAACAACGGCCGAGCAGACAACAUUGGAAUCGAAGAUUACAAAUCCUGAAAGCAUCGAAAAGAGAACACGCUACAGGGACCUACCCGGAACGGCGCAGAACGAAUUGAAUGCACUAUCCUUGUUUAUCACCCAACAAAUGGAUAUUAGCAAGACUAUCGAAACGCGGCAAUCAGCAUACAAUGGAGAACUCAUUCGGGAAAUUGAUACCUAUGCGGAUAACUGCGCCAAGGAAUUGCGACUACAAAGGGAUCUGCACGAAGUCACACAGCAAAACAUCGAAGCUCUGACGUCCACUGUUGACUAUCAGUUGAAGAAUGCCAUGGUUGGUCAACUGUUUUUCGAAAACAAGAACACGCAAGGUCGCUCAAAGCCAGGCACUACCAUCCAUCAGCGAUAUUUCAACGACCUUGCUGCAUCUCUUGAAACUCGCGUCAAGGAAUAUCGCUCAGCGAUUAAUCAGAUUGACGAGCGUAUCCAAACAAUGGUUGAUGGCAGUCUGGCCGAGACGACGACGCCUGAACAGAUCCCAAGCAUCCUCAAAUCGCAAAGCAACACUCUGAUUGCAUUAGCAGCCAAGGUGGCGGAACUUCACCAAGAAACAGAAAAGCUCAAGCGCAAUUGCAGAAAUAUUACGAAGUAAAGGACACACCAAUAGCGUAGACAGCACACUGAAUGUACAUAGCUUUUAAAAAAAACAAGAAAAGAUAAUAAUAAUAAUCGCCCAAGUAUUCAUUUAUUCAUCUCAAUCGACUCGUUGCAUUACGUUUGAAAGCUUGAAAACUGCGUCUGGGGAAACAUUUUGCUCGAGACAGGACGGGGUAAAAACCCGGUGUGUGGCACAGGGAAAAGGUA